ACAGCAAAUUGUAGUAUUUUAGCAAACGCAACAGAAGGAAGAGCGUUUAGUUUGGGAAUCGCUGGGGAAAAGUGCAAAUUUUAGCGAGUUGUGUUAGGUUUUUCGCGUCCCAUUCCGCGAUGGAAGUAGAAAGCAAUGUCAUAAAGGACGAACCUGGUCGCAGAAGCAGUGCUGCCGUUGGGCAGCACAGUCGAAGGGGAAGUGCGAGUAGCAAGAGCGCCACAAGCAGCAAUGCCAGUGCCAGUGCCAAUAACUCCGUCGCGGUAAAAGUAGGCCUCAAUAUGAAUAUGUGCAGAUUGUGUUUAGCGGAGGGUAGCACCAGCUCUCGACUCCAACCGGUGUACUACUCGAAAGAUGCACCGAAUGAAUCAUUGUUGCAGACAAUUCUAGACCUUACCACAAUACAGGUUCAAUAUGCUACGGAUUUUCCUUCGUCGGUAUGCUUGGGUUGUAAGAAUAAACUGGAAGAGUAUCAUCUUUUUCGUCGACAAUGCAUUGAGAACGAUGAAAUUCUUAAGUUAAAAUACUACGAGAUUAAAGCAGCAGAGGAAUAUCAUCGUGGUCAGCAUCCUCAACAGGUGGAUGACGUAAAGGGCGAAGAAUACAUUGACGAUGGGGACGAUAUUACGCUAGCAAUCGACGAGUCUGCGGAGGUGGAAGAGUACCGAGAGGAACCAGAUGAGCAACAAUUUGUCCAACAGGAUCAAGUCGUAGAACAGCAGACAAUUCAGUAUGUAGCCGCUGAUGGAACCAUGACCGAAUACGUGGAGUCGGAAGAUGUACGGACGGUGUCCAGUGCUUCCCAGCAGCAGCAGAUCCAUAUCAGUGGCUACAGCGAUGCUGAUGGCAUUCCCACCACUGAAGGACAUGAGAUUUAUUACACAGAUGGAACUGAUACUUAUGCUAUUCAUACGACCGCGGAAGGUUAUGUGAAUGCAGCAAACUAUGUGCCACAGGGAUACGAUAAUCAAACCGAAAUCGAGUGUACCACUAUCGAGCAUUUGCCGGAGGAGGAAGUGUACAUGGAGGAAGGCGGAGCGGGCAUGGGCUCAAUUAUCACUCCCAGAGGAGUGCACGAUCGGCCGUAUGUUUGCAAACACUGUAAAACUAGUUUCAAGUAUGAGUACAACUACGAGCGACACAUGAAAAAUCAUGCAAAAAUAUUGUUCCGAUGCGGAAAGUGUUCGAAAACAUUCACCAAGCAGAGAAAGUGCCAGCAGCACUUCUUGAAGGCUCAUUCCUCACAAAGAUAUGAGUGUGACAUUUGCUUCAGAACCUACAGUCUACCGACACGGUUGGAGAAUCAUGUCAUAGAAAUGCAUUCCGAAAAUGGGGUGUACAAGUGUGACCGGUGCAGUGAAACCUUCACAUCGUAUUUAGACUUUAAAUCCCACCGCAACAGCCAUCACAAUAUCAAUGGUUCCAACGCAACCGUAAUUGCUCAAGCGGUAGAACAACAAUCUCAAUCCGUUCCUCAGUCUCCUCAACCUCGCACUGCUACAUCCAUCAGCACACGAUCUUCGGUGUCCGACAGUUGUGAUUUCGAAGUGAUGAUUGACGAAACCAAGAUCCAGAAGCCUGCUUUGGGGGAGAACUGUGACGAGAAGCGACCGGUCGUGGUAACUGCAGCAGUCCCUGGAACUGAACAGGAUGUUAUUCUGAUCGACGAUGAAGCCUCAAACAGCACCACCAGUCUGGUGAACAAUAACAACAAACCGAACACCGCGCUCAAAGCGUCGUCUGCAAACAACAGUAUCAUCAGUGGCGGAACAGUGGUGGCCGCGCCAAAUGCCAGCAUCGUUCCCGCAAGUAAUAGCGCCACAACAGUCAUCACUAAUGGUAUCGAUAAAAAAUCACUGCAUCGGCAACUGUUGCAGCAGAUCGAGGAAAGUGAAGCCAACUCGAUGGGACCCAAGAUAUACAAGUGUGACAACUGCACGAAGACGUUUGUGCACUUGAAUAAUCUUAAGGCUCACAUCUAUGCCGAGCAUGACAAUGAUAAGCCGUUCAAGUGCAAACUCUGUCCGAUCUCGUUCAAGACUAAGGAAAUCCUGGUGAUGCAUAUGGUAUUACACUCACAGCACAACACGGCAUCAUAAGGAGAGUGUCACAUGGAAUGUAUCCAACGCAGGGAGUUCAGAAAAGAGGAACAUGAACACAUGACAUGCUGGAAAUGAUACAUAGAACCUCACGCGCAUUGAUUUCUGCUCCAUCUCUAAAUACUAAAUAUGUUACUACAAUUUAGGUAGUAAUCUGAAAAAUGCCUCUCUUGCGUGAGAGAGGGGAUACUGACAAAACACAAACAGGAUAGCAACAAUCUAUAAGUACUAAAAAAAACAAGUAGCUAUUAAGAAGAAAACCUAGAGAAAAUGAUGAUUUCCUUUUUUUUGUUUCUUUUACAAUGUUAUACUAAUAUAUUUCUAUUUAUAUUAUAAACCGGAUUCGUUUCGUUUCAACUACACAGCGAACGCGUCGCGCCUGCAAUAAUUGCUUUUAGCAUUAUUAUAAGAGAGUAUACGUAGUCCAUAAGCUUGUCUCGAAUAGUAAGUUCAAAACUUGCUUCGAAUGGUGCUUUCCUUUGAAACAUAUCUCGCUCUUAUUUGACGCUAAACCUAUAUAUAUAUACAUUAUAUUUUAGUAACCUUACGAAAGCUUCAUUGUAUUGUAUUAAGUACCUCCACCUAAACCAGAGGUAUGUUCUCGAAAGAUGAAACGACGACAAGGGAUAAACUCGAAUCUUUUUUUUUAUUAGGCGAUAGUGGUUUUUCCUCGUUCUAUAUUUAUGUAAGCGAUUAUCUAAAGUCUCUGUAACAGGGCAGAAAUUUGAUUUCUCCAGUCUUAAUCCAUGAAAUUAUACUUAGCAAGUAAGGCGUCGGAAUCGGUUCUUCCAAACGGUUGUAGAGGUUAAACAAAAAUAUUGUAUAUUUUUUUCGUUUUAAGCUACAAUUGACAAAAUUAUUUGUUGGCAUAAAAAGUACAUCGAUGUGAUCUGGUUAUAGUUCAAAACGUAAUGUUGAUUUUUAUCUGUUCCCUUAAAAAUUGUUUAAAAUUUCUUGUAAGUGUUGUAAACAGACGGAUUGUAUUAUAUUGACUAUUGGUUGCAAUAGGUAGGUUAGAUCGCGUGGGCAAGGAAUCAAAAGAAAUUGGAGUCGUCUGAAGUUACUAGACCUAGUGAGAAUUUAUUUUUUACAUUACCUUUAUUGUAAGCUAAAAAGUGAGAAUGAAGAUUAUUAUUAUACUGCAUCGAUUGACAUCGCUGGAACAAAUUUGCUGCUGUGUUUUCGGUAGAACAGAAUGCGUUCAUUUUUUUUGUUAUCAUCAUCAAACAUUUUAGAUAGAAUUUCGUUUCUUUGAAAUAUUAGGAAAAUAUUAAUCGUCAGAUGGAAUAAAUUAUAAAACAGAGAUUGAUACUGAUAAUAGAAUAAUUCAAAUGAAAAGAGAAUUCUAGAAGUUCUUAAAUGUCGCCAUCAUACAUAAAAUAUAAAACGCAAUAGAAUGUUCUAUAUCCAUUUUUCGAAUAAAUUCCUAUGCUGAAUCUCCGA